ACAUAUUUCAUUGUGCUUCACUUCUCUAACACAUUUCCAGUUACAUAAUCUUCUAAUCUUUUCAUGUUGAUAUAGUUUUGCUGAAUUCUCAUUUCGAGAAAUAAUUUCAGAGAUCGGUGUAAUUCUAUAAAUUCAAUGAGUAAUCGUAACAUCUUGGAUUAUUAGUUAGGGUUUUGGUUCGCGAAAGUAUGGAAUCAUACAAUCUAAGGUCGGUGUUGGAGUUGCCAGGUCCUUUCAGAUCAACCUUCAAAUUCAGAUAUUUCAAUUCUUUGCAGAGUGAAUGCUAUCCUUGCUGUUUCCUCUCUGAUGCAAACAUGGUUGUUUCUGCACCAACUGGAAGUGGUAAAACAGUGCUAUUCGAGCUUUGCAUUCUAAGGCUUCUCUCAAGGUUCCUUUCAGCAGAUGGAAAAUUCAUCCAUGUGAAGGGCACCCUAAAAACGAUCUAUGUAGCACCUUCCAAGGCUUUGGUUCAAGAGAAGCUUAGGGAUUGGAAUCAGAAGCUAGGGGUGUGGGGUAUAAAUUGCCUUGAGAUGACUGGUGAUAAUGAUUCGUACAACACAAAGAGCAUUCAUGAAGCAGACGUGAUUCUGACAACUCCGGAGAAGUUUGAUGCUGUGACUCGGUAUAAAAUAAAAGAUGGUGGCUUGAGUUUUUUCAGUGACAUAGGACUUCUUCUCAUUGAUGAAGUUCACCUAUUAAACGAUCCACGUGGAGCUGCUUUGGAAGCAAUAGUGAGCAGGAUUAAGAUGCUUUCUUGUAGACCUGAAAUGAAAUCAAGCCCUCUGGCUCAUGUACGUUUCAUAGCUGUUUCAGCAACAAUCCCAAAUCUGGAGGACCUAGCGGAGUGGCUAGUGGUUCCUCUUCAAGGAAUGAAAAGGUUUGGUGAAGAAAUGAGACCUGUAAAGUUGACUACCAAAGUUCUUGGAUACGCUGCAGCCAAGAACGAUUUUCUCUUUGAAAAGCGCCUCCAGAACUACAUCUUUGAUAUUAUGAUGCAAUAUUCUAGAGGAAAAUCUGCUCUAGUUUUCUGUUCAACCAGAAAGGGAGCACAAGAGGCAGCACAGAAAAUCUCUCAGACAGCCAUGACCUUUGGCUAUUCAAAUCCAUUCAUCAAGUCCAAUGAGCAGCUGGAGAGAUUGAGGGAGGCCUCAUUGUCAUGCAGUGACAAACAACUGCAAUCAUACAUUCCUUUUGGUGUUGGUUAUCACAACGGUGGUCUUUGCAUGAAGGAUCGAAACCUGGUUGAGAACCUUUUCCUUAACAGUGAUAUUCAAGUUUUAUGCACUACGAACACGCUAGCACAUGGAAUCAACCUACCAGCACACACAGUGGUGAUUAAGUCCACACAGCACUACAACAAGGAAAAAGGCACCUAUAUGGAGUAUGACAGAUCCACUGUUCUACAGAUGUGUGGUAGAGCUGGCCGUCCACCUUUUGAUGAUACUGGACUGGUUAUCAUCAUGACAAGAAGGGAAACAGUGCAUUUGUACGAGAAUCUUUUGAAUGGAUGUGAAGUUGUAGAAUCACAAUUACUUUCUUGCAUAACGGAGCAUCUGACUGCGGAAAUAGUACAACUUACUAUCCCAGACAUUUCACGGGCAAUUGAAUGGAUGAAGUGUUCAUAUUUGUAUGUCAGGAUGAAAAAGAACCCAGAGAAUUACGCUGUUCCAAAGGGGAUCUCUAGGGAGCGCAUAGAGCGACAUAUGCAAGAUAUAUGUGUUGAGAAAGUUAAUGAGUUGUCAAGAAACGAGAUGAUAUGGACUGAUGAAGACGGUUUCCUCUUGAAGCCGCUUGAACCUGGAAGAUUGAUGACGAAGUACUAUCUGAAAUUCGACACAAUGAAAUACAUAAUGCAGACUCAAUCAAACUGCAGUCUAGAAGAUGCACUUCAUAUUGUUUGCCGAGCAGAGGAGUUAGCUUGGAUACAACUUAGACGCAAUGAGAAAAAGCUUCUAAAUGAUGUCAAUACUGAUAAAGAUGGACGGCUUCGUUUUCACAUCCUUGGAGACAAGGGGAAAAAGAACAAGCGGAUUCAAACAAGAGAAGAGAAGAUAUUUGUUUUGGUCAAUGACUGCUUGACUGGUGAUCCUCUGGUCCAUGAUCUAUCCCUAAGCCAGGAUGCCAACUCUGUGUGCUCAAAUGGAUGUAGAAUUGCCAAGUGCAUGAAAGAGUACUUUAUCUUUAGAAAGAACUACAAAGGAGCGUUGAACUCGAUUGCACUUGCAAAAUCAUUGCAUCACAAGCUGUGGGACGACAGUCCUUUCUUGUUGAAGCAAUUGCCUGGCAUUGGAAUGGUCACUGCAAAGGCAUUACAUUCUAUGGGAAUAAUUUCAUUUGAGACCCUUGCUGAUGCUGAUCCAAGGAGAAUAGAAAUUGUUGCCAGUCGGAAAUUUCCAUUUGGAGACCAUAUUAAAGAGUCUCUACUUUCAUUACCUCCAAAAGUUGAUAUGAAUAUUGAGGCAACUGAAGGCCAGAGGCAAGGGAAACCCAAGCUUGCAGUAACUUUGACUAGGCUGACAGAGGCACGGUCCAACAAACGGCAUUAUGCUGACAUGGUGGUUGGUCUGGAAGAAGAAAAUGUGAUCAUCUACCACGAGAAAAUCAGGGUGGACGAUUUUCUCAGUCCAUACCACACAACAGUGGUUUUGCCAUCCGAUCAACAAGGAAAAUUAACUGUCAAGGCUGAUCUGAUAUUUGAAGAAUUCCUUGGUAUUGAUCUACACCAUAAGGUUGAACUGAUCAAAGAAACCAACUCAAACGCGGCUGUUAGACUUGGAACCAAGAGAUCCUCCUUGCUACCUCCUGCAGAAGUUUCCCCACACAAAGCCACUACUAAGGGAAGUACCAAACCAGCUAAGGCGCAAUCCAACCUAAGCAAAGUCAAUAAAGAAACUGAUGACAUGCCCUCUUUUAAACUCAUUGAUGACGAGCUAGAAGAAGAUUUUCCUGGCGAUGAAGCUUCCGAGGAUGACUGCAAGAUCAUAUCUGGAAGUACGAUCUUUCAACACAUUCGUAGAAAGGCCAAAGAUUUCCCUGCUGUGAAGGUUUCCAGUGCCAAUCACUUUCCUAUGUCAGCAAUCUCAAAGUUGCCAAUGAAGAGCAAUCCUAUAGAGCAGCAUGCUUCUCCUGACACAACUAUAAGUUCUAAAGAAGUCAAGGGAGUUCAACAAAUGGUUACUUCAGAAAGACAACAUUCUGGCUAUCAUGACAAUGGAGAUGCAACUUUUAAUCCAGAGACUAAUAACGUGUUAGAACCCGCAGGUAUACUUCAUUCUCAUAUAGAACCAAACAGAAAGGAAAGCCGAAGAAUGGAGCCAAUACUGAAUCAUAUCAGAAAAAGGUCUAAAAAUUAUCUAGUGAUGAACGAACCAAACACUAAGGAAGGGGCUUUUCCGGUAGUAUAUGGGAACCUUUCUGACAAGGUGCACACACCGUGUCAUAUGAACGUUGUCAAUACCAAAGAAAAUCAGUCGAAGGAACCUUCAAUUGCGAAUGACUACAAUGUGUCUUCGCCUGUGAGAACCUUCAAGGACAAGAGGUGUUCAUAUUCGACUUCAAGCAGAUCAUUGGAUCUCCCAUUCGAAAUCUUCCACAAACAACCCAACAGAACAGCCAGUGCUAAACCAUCUCUCAACUACUCACUGCCAAGGAAAGAAAUUCUGGUUGAUCCCCCAGGAGAUUUUGUGGAGCACACAAGUAAUAACAUGUUACAUAAUCUGAUGGAAAGAAAUAGAGGAAGCUGUUCACAUGAAAAUGGCGUCAGAACCAGCAAUGUCGAUUCUUUUCUCGGGUUCAAGAGUGUCUUCUCAUUUCUCUGAAUUAUCUUGAUACAUUUUUUGAGUUCAACUGCGCGUUCUCACUUCUCUGAUUCCCUGUUCACAAUGAGAAAAAAACUUGGGAUUCUUCCUUGUUCAUACUUCUUCAUCUUAAUUUCUCUUAUCGCAGACGGAAGCUGAAGUAACAGCGUAAAAAGAUGGGUGCGCAGAAGAUUGCACAUGUAGCAUCUAAGAAUCCAAGUGUGGUGAAGGAGAUUAUCUACGGGAUAAGCCUCGGCACGGCGUGUGGGCUGUUAUGGAAGAUGCACCAUUGGAAUAACCAAAGGAGAACCAAAGAGUUUCAUGAUCUGUUGGAGAAGGGUCAGAUUAGUGUUGUGGUGGAAGAUGCAUAGAUUAUAUAGUGCAAUGCUACUGGUACUUUCUACACAUUCUAGGAGUCCUCUAUAUCAAUAUGAUCCUUUGCAGUCUGUAAGCCUCUGAUUAGAAAUCUUAGUUCCAAUAUAUAGUGUACAUGCAACUAUGAUCCAAGCAGUCAUUCGCUGUCGAAACUUCAUCGUCAUCCUAUGUUGCUUGAUGAAUGCUAGCUACCUGGAUAGAUUUUGUUCAUGAUAUGUCAUCCGUCUAGUUUUAAAAACUGAUUUAUUUACAAAUAAAUGCGAACACUUCAAUUCUAAUAAAGAUAUUAUUAGCAAA